AGGGCUUGGUUGCUAGUGGAGAUCUGUGGGUGCAACUCACCCGGCUUCAGUAGCCAGCCCAAUUGCAUAGACUUUAGAUAACCAUGUGAAGGGGAUUCCACUGUUAGAAAAGAGGCCAGACUUCCAUCGCCAUGGUGGAUGUGCAUUGUCUUAGUGACGGGGAAUUGCAGAAGCAACUGAAGAAGCUUGGAUUGUCACCUGGCCCCAUACUGCCUUCCACCAGAAAAGUGUAUGAAAAAAAGUUAGUGCAAUUGUUGGUUCCACCUCCCUGUGCACCACCUAUGCUGAAUGGACCCAGAAAGCUGGAUGGACCUAAGGACAGCGAUGACAGUGAAGAGCUUAAUAUCACUCUGAAAGGAAAUCUCAUAUUCUCCACAGAAAAAAGCAAGGAUUCCAAAAAAAACCCCAUCUUUGAAAUUCAAGAGCAGCAGGAAGAUAUGGUGAAACCAAAGUCUGGUUAUAAUAAUUUCAAGAUGUUAAGAAAGAGACCCAGAGCUCCCGCCACUAAAACAAGAGCUCUUGAAGCCUGUUGCAUGUGCUGGAAGCCUUCCAAAGGAAAAAGGUGUCCUGCCAGGACGUGGAACCACAGGAUCAAGAGUUGGACUGCCCCCCAAGAGAAGCAGUGUUGCGUGGGGAUCCUGAGUGGCAUGGGGAGCCAGUUCCCAGUGUGCCUGAGACUUGCCAUCCUUGGCAUUUUCCUCAUUGUGGUUUUUGUCUACAUCACUGUGGAAAAGAAGUCACUCUUUGGUUAGGCCCUGCAGGAGCAGAGCACCGCACCAAGCAUUAGUAUCGCCGCACCAGCCCUCGACUUCAGGGAGGAACUCAGACUACACCGAAAGGCCCGCCCUCUGUAACCAAGAAAGAGAGGACCAGGCAGCUCUGGCAGACAGUGAUGGUUAGCAAAUCCCCUGAGUAAUGUAAGCAGCCACAUUAAGUGCAC